AUGACGAAAAAAAAUAUUUUUCGUGGACUAUUUACAAAUCCAUCUUUUUAUGGUAUAUGGAUUGUUACAUUGAUUGCACAAAUUGUUCUUGCUCAAUAUGGUUCAUUUGCAAUUUCUUGUGUUGCAUUAACAUUUGAACAAUGGAUGUUAUGUCUUCUUUUUAGUGUUAUAGUUCUUCUAUGGCAUCAAGUCCUUAAUUCGAUCCUAAUGACAUGUCAUAUAUCGAAACGAGAUGGACGUAGUGUUUAUGAACUGACAUCAUCUGUAGACUUAGAUACAGAAGAACAGUGA